AUGUCGCAACAGUUUUUAAUUCCACUGACGCCUCCAAGACAAAGAAAAACACCGCCACAACAACAACAACAACAAAACCAACAACAGCAACACCUUAACCCCGAUGCUAGCAUCGCGCCAAAUGCAUCCACCCUCAAGACGCCCUUGGCUUCCAAUGCCGGAUUGUUGACUCCAUCCACUACGAACAACAAGAAAUCACUCCUUGACCCAAAUAGCGCUUGUAAAUCGACCCUGGGCAUUGUCAAUCAGAGAUUAUUUUCAUUUUCCCCAACUACACCUCAAAAAUCACCCUGUAAAUCGGCUACUUCAUCAUCAUCAUCAACUGCUGCUACUAGCACCACCAAUACUACCACUACAACCACUUCCAGUGUAAACAACAGAAAGAGAAACUUGAAUGACAUCUUUUUAGAUUCAAAUGCACCGCGUUUGUCGAAUGAGAAAAUAUCGUUUGGCUUGUUUUUGCCUUCUCCUUCGAAAAUUGGAACAGGAAGACGAAUAAACACACAUGGCAGAACAAGCCAUUUCAAUUUGUCCGGUGGUGCGCCAUUAUUCGAUAGAAAGAAGUUGGAAAGUUUCAAAGAUGACUUUGAGUUCAAUGUAGAGGAAGAAGAAGAAGAAGAAGAAAAAGAAGAAAAAGAAGAAGAAGAAGAAGAACAGAAAGACAAUAUCUUUUCUCAACCGCAGACUCCCGGCAAGCAGCUUAUCGACGAUGAAAAGAUUAAAAUGUGGCAUGGCAAACUGUAUAAUAAAUUUGGCGACAGCGAUAGCGACGAUGAAGGAGAAGCGGAGGAAUUCCCUGAUGUGAUGUCGAUGGAAGAUGUUCAAAAGAUCCCACGCGUUAACUUGCACAACCCGUUUUUGGAUAGUGAUGAGCUGCGAACUCAGGAGAGAAAGGAAGUGCGUGGUGUUGUUGAUUACAGCACACACAUGGAGUUGGUCAAUAACAAAACCGGUGAACGGAAAGUCAUCAAAUUGACCAAGAACCAAAUGAAGAUUAAGCCAAAGAAAUUGCUGUUCCAAGGUCUUUAG